AUGCAAAUUAUACCUGCUAACAGGAAAAUGAAUUCCGCCCUUUCUGUGUGUUUGUUACUUGCUGCUCUUUGUGCUCUUGCCCAUUGCCAUCACUUUCCUCAUCACCCCACCUGUGAGGAUGACCAUAAAGAUCCAAAUCACAUGGAAGAGUAUGCGCUGCUGAACCAGGCCUGUGUCAAACAAGGUACCAGCUAUGCGGACUUUACAUUUAGAUUCUAUAAGCAGGCUGUAUUAGCAGAAGCAGACAAGAAUGUGUUCUUCUCUCCCAUAAGCAUUGCCACUGCCUUUGCCAUGCUGGCAAUGGGCGCUAAAUCAGCCACUCGGACUCAGAUUUUUGAAGGAAUGGGCUUUAGCCUGACAGAGGUUCAGGAGGAGGACAUACAUGAAAGUUUCCAUCAUCACAUCCACAUGAUGAAUUGUCCUAACAAUAAGAUCCAGACAAGUAUGGGAAAUGCCCUUUUCAUAGCAACCAAGUUUAAAGCACUAGAGAAGUUUUUACAAGACGUCAAAACCUUUUAUGAAACAGAAUAUUUUCCUACCGAUUUCCAUAAUUCAAAAGAGGCUGAGAAAAAGAUCAACGGUUAUGUAAAGAAGAAAACCCAUGGGAAAAUUCCAGAACUAGUCAGCUAUCUUGAUCCAAACACUGUAAUGGUUCUUGUUAACUACAUUUAUUUCAAAGCCUCCUGGGAAAAUCCUUUCGAUCCUUUCCACACCCUCGAGGAGGAUUUUUUGGUGGAUGAGAAAACCUCUGUUAAAGUCAGUAUGAUGCGCCGGGAUACCGACUAUGAAAGCCACUAUGAUGACCAGCUGUCGUGCUGGCUGGUGCAGAUACCAUACAAUGGAAAUGCCAAAGCGCUAUUUAUUCUGCCUGACGAAGGGAAGAUGAAGCAGUUGGAGGCUGCUCUCUUGAAAGAAACUGUGUGUAAAUGGGAGAAAUUACUUCAAAAAAGGACUCUUAAUCUGUACAUUCCAAAGUUUUCUAUUUCGGGGUCCUAUGAUGUGAAACUCCUGUUUGAGAAAAUGGGUAUUACUGAUGUGUUCUCUAGCCACGCUGAUCUGUCUGGAAUCGCUGGGACAUCCGACCUGCAUGUUUCACAGGCUAUUCACAAGGCCGUGUUGAAUGUUCAUGAGAAUGGCACCGAGGCAGCAGGAGCCACCGCAAUAGUAGUUACCAAACUUCUUCGUCCUUCAACUACCAUUAAAUUCAACAGGCCCUUCGUGGUGAUGAUUGUUGAUAAAGCCACCCUCAGCACAAUGUUCAUGGGGAAAAUUGUCAACCCUACUAUAAAAUAA